CGGGAACACCCUUUCCGGUUCCCCCCACGCGCUGCGUGCGGCCGCCUCCUCCGCGGAGGAGGAGCGGCCUGGUGGCCGCCGGGCCUAAAAAAUAACUGCUGAAGGCCGGGAGGUGGCCUUCGCGACCUCGCCAUGGCAGCGGAAGGAGCUGUGGCCGCACGACUGCUCAUUCUGGGUCCCUAUUCUAGCGCCUCGUGGGCCUCGGUGAUGACAAGAUUCUCUAUGACUAAUUCUUUGAGGAGAGCAAAUUAUAGUCAAGAACAGUCUGAACCAACCAAACAAGUACUUAAGAAGCCCAAGUUACCACAAGGACGGUUUGAUGCUCCCGAAGAUUCCAAUUUAGAACAAGAGCCAUUAGAAAAAUUUCCAGAUGAUAUCAAUCCUCUUACAAAGGAAAAAGGUGGCCCUAAAGGCCCUGAACCUACUCGAUAUGGAGAUUGGGAACGAAAAGGACGCUGUGUGGAUUUUUAGUGGUCCAACUCUUGAUAAACUGGUCACUUCUUCUGAAUGUAGUAUAUUUAAUUAAGUUCUUCAUGUUUAAUUUCUUUGUGUUUUGUUUUUGUUUUGUUUUUUAACUAAAAAACCAUCUAAUUUGGAGAAUGUUAGUCCAAAAAAGAUUAAUUUUUGGAAGUAUUUCUGCAUUAGCAAAUUUGUUAUUACAAAUUUGUUAAUGAAGAAAUGAUGUUCAGGACUGACUCUUAAUUUAUAAAUUAAAUUUAAAUUGCUUAUAUAAUAAGUUCUAUAUUUUAAUUUUUAUGGGGUUAAAGUGGUUCAUUGUUUGAAAAGGUCUUACUGGGACACAAAAUGUCAUAAACCCCCCAGAUGUCUGUUUCUAGCUCUAGUCUCUUGAGGUGAAAGCUGUGGAAACAAGUACUUGAAGCACCAUAAUUGAGAUUUUAAUACUUAUAUUAUUUAUGUAAAAUUAUCCAUUCGAUUUCACUAAUUGAGAAUUUAUGAUAAUUUGAACAAGUAAAUUAGACUACCAUGCCAUCUGCAAAGAAAGGGUUUACCAACCAAAUAAUAGCAUAACCAGCAUUUCAGUUAAGUAAGUUAUUGAAUUGAAUACCUUCUCUAUACCUAACACUGUGCUAGACUGGGGGAAGGGAAAAUACAGAAGGAAAAAGAGGCAUAGCCCCUGGCCUCCAGAAGUUUAUGGUAUACUUGGGGAAAUAAUAGUAUUGUUUUCCAAAUUGUGGGUUUGGGUUGUACCACAUUGAUAGGAGACAUAUCUGUCUGUGGGGGUCAGGAAAGUUUGAAGCAGUAACCAAAAUUAUUGGAUAUUUUAAGAUAUAAUUUUUAGAUAAAUACAUCCUUUUGCUUAAUUAGAAACCGAGUUCAAAUCAAAAUCAACCUGUGAAACUAGCAUCAAAUUCUUGACUUGAGGUAGCAGAAAGGGAGGAUGCAGUUGUAUAGCUGAAGGCAGUGUAUCCCAACAUCGGUGGCAUGCAGUGAAUAGGUAGUUAAAAGGGGAAAGGACCUGGUCCUUACACCAGAGGGAGGGAUUGGGCACUUUUAUCCCCCAGUGCUGCUUGAAUGCUCCCCACCAGCCUUUCCCUUUGAUAGAGGAUCCUAACCUUUUGACAAUGAAUUCAGUUCACUGAUUAUUUGAUAUUUUAUGCUACUUUUACUUUAUGUGUAAGUUAUUUUUUAUAAAAUUGUGAAUUCUUAAUUUUAUUUGAAUAAAAUGCAAGCUAAGAAAAAAGUGUGUAGAUUGU